CUUGCUGUGCUCUACUCUAAUCACCUGAGGCGUGCAACUGCAGCUUUUAUUUAUUUAAUUAUUUAUUUAUUUCACCAGGGGGGGUGCUGCAGCAGGGAAGAGCGUUUCCAGCCUUGCCCAGGCAUGAAUAAUCAAGGCCGAAAGCUCGAUUACAGGCUGAAAAUAGCAACGGAUUACUUUAAUGAGAUUUCAGUGUGCACAGAGAGAGCUGGGGAGCUGGGGCGGCCCAGCUCAAGACCCAACCCAUCGUGCACAGACACUCACUGUAAGUCGCAGGCUGAAACCGCAGCAGCAUGUUCUGUUUCCGCAGAGCACAAGACCAGAGUGGUGGAGGCAGAGAUGGUCUACUUUUAUUUCCACAAGACAUUUGCAUCUCAAAUUCCUCGCUGCAGUGACUUGGAGCUCAGGAUGCAUAAUAAUGUGCACCAUAAAGAGCACCGGGCUCUAGUUCUGCUGGUGUCCUUCACCCCAACCUGCUUGUAUUGCCUGUUUGUCUAAAGAUGCGUAAAUGUCAUGUCACUGGUACAGACCAAUUAAUAUCUGAUGUCACUGAUCACUGUCCUUCAGUCCAUCUUUAACAUUUUUUACAAUCAAAUGUUACUGUUGUACUGCUUUCUGAACACUGAGCCUAUUUAGCCUGUUAUAUUCUUAUUCAUUUCCUAGUUUACUUGUCAGUCACUGCGUCAUUGCUUGCUAGUAUCUCACACGUCAUGUUAUCUAACACGACCGUUUUAUUUCAUAUGCUGGGAAUAAAGGGAGUUGAUGAGGAAGGGAGGGAUUUCCAUAUGCUUCAUACAGUGUGCACCGUCCUGUUUGCAGAAAAAGGUUUCAAGGAGGCGUGGUAUGCAAUCAAAUGACCAGUUACAUACGACUCAUGUGUUACACAGGGCGGGACCUGCGUGCAAUGACGGGGAGUGGUCUGAGCCGGAAGUGUUUUUGCACUGGUGGAUCAGCUGUCACAUUCGAUGGGCUGUGAGGGACUACCCUAGGCGUUCAGCAGGGAAAAGGGACAGCAUUACAUGUAAAAUACAAGAUAUACUAAAAUCAUGACAACAUCUGAAACCAUUGUGGAUCGAACUUGUCUGAACUGAUCGCCAACCGCGGAUUAUGCGAUACUGUCUCAUAACGUCUCUUCCUGUAAAACUGAGAAUGAUCCACCGCGAGUGUUCUUGAGCAAACAGGACACGAUAACCCUGUGGUUACAAGUGUCACUCCAAUGUGACAGCGUGUUCGGUUAAAACACACGAGAUUUGGUAAGUGCCCUGUCGUGAAACUGACAGUAGAGUAGAAUACGGCGUGCUUAUUUGUAAGCGACAGAAUUACCGGCUAACGUGUAGAUGUCGAAUAGAUAAUUUAUUUAACUAAUUAGCUGGCUGCCUUGGAAUAGGCUUGCAGAGCCGGAGAAACUACCCCAAUCCCGUACAGACCGGAGACGUCAUCAACAUUUUCCUGCAUUUAAAUGGUCGAAUCUGAGGAGGUCAUUGCCGAAAAGGGAAGAAAAUCGGUAGAACAGAGGACAUAUCCGGAGAAGAACAACUAGAGCAGCAGGUGUAAAAGAAAUCGAGAAAAUUACAGGCGGGAGAAAGCAUACUGGAUUAUAUAAAUGGGGGAUUACGGCUUUGGAGCCCUGGUUAAGAACAACAGUGCUAACAAAUCAGUUUUCCCCGUGAGAAUCCCCCCGCACCUGCAACAUCCAGUUCAUCACCAGACAGCCCCCCCGAGCCCCCCUGCGUUCAUCAACACCAGCACAGCUACCAAUGGUGGAAGUGCGGGGUCCGCUUGGCUCUUCCCCGUCGUGACGACCCACACGAACAUGCAAGAUGAGAUUCUGGAGUCUGAGAAGUCCAAAGUGCAGCAGCAGCAACAGGAUAUACAAGAAAUUCAAGAAAAGCUGCCCAUCUCCUCACCAGGCCAUCAGGAAACGCAAGGUAUAAUAUCUGACCUCGACAACAUGCCUGAGGACAACCAGCUGGAUAAAGGAGGCGUAGAGAAUGGGAACGGGAAGGAGAUCCUCCGCAUUGAGUCCCCUGUGCUGUCCGGCUUCGACUACCAGGAGACCUCAGGCAUGGGCACCAUGGUGCAGUCGGGGAGCUCUUCCUCUUCCUCCCUCACUGGCUUCAACAGCUGGUCUGCUGCUAUCCCCUCCAACCCGUCCACGCUGGUCAACGAGGAGGUGGGUUUCUUCGGCCCAGCCGGCACCACCAGCAGCGGACCCCCGCCGCUCCUCUUCCAGAAUUUCUCGCACCACGCCAGUCCCAGUUUCGGGGGCAGCUUCUCCCACCAGAUGGGCCCGCUGUCCCAGCAUCACCAGGCCCCGCACCCCCACUUCCAGCACCCUCACAACCAGCCUCAGCAGCAGCACCGGCGCUCCCCGGCCAGCCCCCACCCUCCCCCUCCCUUCUCCCACCGCAACGCUGCUUUCAACCAGCUGCCUCAUCUAGGGAACAACCUCAGCAAGCCCCCCUCCCCCUGGGGCAGCUACCAAAGCCCCAACUCGACCCCCUCGUCCAGCUCGUGGAGUCCCAGUGGGGGCUACGGAGGUUGGGGGGCCUCUCAGGGACGUGACUACCGCCAGAGGAUCGCCGGGGGCAUGAUGCCCCUCAACUCCAUCUCCCCGCUCAAGAAGUCCUUCCCCAACAACCAGCCGCCAUCGCAGAAGUUCAACCGCAACAGCUCUGGCUUCAACCCCAAGCCCUGGCUGGAGGACAGCAUGAACAGGAAUGAGAGCAUCUUCCCUUUCCAGCAGGAGCGUAGCCGGUCCUUUGAUGGCUUCAGCAUGCACUCCCUAGAGAGCUCGCUGAUUGACAUUAUGAGGGCUGAACAGGACUCCUUGAAAGGUCGUUUCGGGUUCCCCCACCCAGGAGAUGGGUCUUUGCCAGUGAACGCAAGGAAUUAUGGGCGGCGACGAGGUCACUCGUCCUUGUUCCCUAUGGAGGACGAGCGUGGUGGGUUUGGGGAGGACGAUCGAGGUGGCGACGGCGUGGGCGGCCUGGGCUCCCCUCACGGUUUCCCGCACCAGAACGGCGAGCGCAUCGAGCGUUACUCCCGCAAGGUGUUCGUAGGGGGCCUCCCACCCGACAUCGACGAAGAUGAGAUCACAGCCAGCUUCCGCCGUUUUGGACACCUGUUUGUGGACUGGCCACACAAAGCAGAGAGCAAGUCUUACUUCCCUCCCAAAGGUUAUGCAUUCCUUCUGUUCCAAGAGGAGAGCUCUGUGCAGGCCUUGAUUGACGCAUGCAUCGAGGAAGAGGGCAAACUCUACCUGUGCGUGUCCAGCCCCACCAUUAAAGACAAACCGGUCCAAAUCAGGCCCUGGAAUCUGAAUGACAGUGAUUUUGUGAUGGAUGGUUCUCAGCCUCUGGACCCCCGCAAAACCAUAUUUGUGGGAGGUGUUCCUCGCCCUCUCCGUGCAGUUGAGCUGGCGAUGAUCAUGGACCGGCUCUAUGGUGGCGUGUGCUAUGCUGGGAUCGACACAGACCCUGAGCUGAAGUACCCUAAAGGGGCGGGGCGUGUAGCCUUCUCCAAUCAGCAGAGCUACAUCGCCGCCAUUAGUGCUCGCUUCGUCCAACUGCAGCACGGAGAGAUCGAUAAACGGGUGGAAGUGAAGCCAUAUGUGCUGGAUGACCAGCUGUGUGACGAGUGCCAGGGCACGCGCUGCGGGGGCAAGUUCGCCCCCUUCUUCUGCGCCAACGUCACCUGCCUCCAGUACUACUGUGAAUACUGCUGGGCCGCCAUCCACUCACGUGCCGGCCGAGAGUUCCACAAGCCCCUGGUCAAGGAGGGCGGAGACAGACCCCGCCACAUCUCCUUCCGGUGGAAUUAAGCGAGAGGAGGGGUGGGGAUGGGUCAGGGGUCAGGGCCAGGGGUCAGGGCCAGGGUAGAUGGGUCACCAUGCUAACUCGCAUACAUGCACUUUUCCUUUUUGCUGGUUCCUUUUUUUUAUUUUAAUUUAAAGAGAGAAAAAAAUUGAAGUUGUUUUUUUGGUUUUGAUCUUUUUUUUUUAAUGAAAAGAAAUACUCUAAGAUUUUAUUUUAUUUCAAGUUUUUAUUGUUAUUAUUUUCUCCUGAGAUGUAAAAAAAAGAAAGUGGGAAAACGUAAAAAAGAAAUAGCGUAAUCCUGUUGAUAAUUUAAGUUGGUUGCGCAUGAAAACUUGAAUGCAUUAGAUUUAUAUAUAUAUAUAAAAAAAGUAGAUGUUUCGCCUGACUCUCCUGUAGUCGUCUUUCUCCUGCUUCAGUUGCUGAAGCCUUAACAAAUAAUUUUGCGGAGGCUCCGAUUCAGAAUAUCGAGUGGUUGACUACAAAACGCGUGGCAAGGAGAGACAUUAACGAUCAGUGCACUUCUUUUCCUUAGUGUUAAGGUGUUGGAUCAAUUUCCACAGAGAUUAAGAUUAACUCACAACUACCAUGAAAAGGUGACGAUGACUCUACGCCUGUGAUCACACAGAUCCUCAUUCGCUUCCUCAGUUCACACAUGAUCUCACAGUAAACCCCUUCCAUGAUCUCUUCUUUCAUUUUUUUUCCAUUUUAUUUUUAAAUGCACACUCACAUUUUAAAUGAUUCCCAUCCAAAGCUAAACUGGCAGGUUCUCACAUGCUUCAGUCACUAAGGCUUUAGUUCACAUGGAAGGGCUGUCUUUACUGCAGGUGGUUGUGGCACAGGCUGUGCAAGUCUCUCAGACCUCUGUCGUUCCCUACGUGUGUUGCUACUGGAGUAAAACUGGACUACAUUACACUGCACAGACGCAUGUAGGGCUGCUGGAACUUGCCCAGGAAGCCCCCCCAGGCUCUGUGCAAUCCGAUGUCUAACUACACUGAUGAAUGCUUCUGGUGGGCCGUUAACGCUGUAAGCAUUGGAUAUGCCCCAAAUACUACUGUGUGGAGCUCACUGUCUGAUCGCAAAUCAGGAAUCCAAUGAAGAAAAUGUUCUCAUCAGAAACUCCAACCAAAGAUGGGUUGCAGCCGUGUAAGGGAUGCCUUCUUUCUGGGAGAAUUUAUUAUUAUUAUAAUUAUUAUAAUUUUAUUUUUUUGUGUUUUUUUUUUUUAACUCAAGUAAAUGAAAUUAAAACUCAAGUUAAGGUGGUCACUCUUUGGAGUUGAGAGGGGUACACCAAAGAUAGGCCCUGAGGUGAUGAAAGGCAGUCAGUAGCAUAUGGCAUCACGUUGAACAGAACAGAAAAGAAAAGCUUGGCAUUGAGAGGGUUAUGGGUAUGAGGAGUAAGUCGUGCUUUACCCUGUUGACGUGGAUGAUUGUCGGGGGAAUAGCAUUGGAAGCUAACUUAAUAGUGAGGUACUAAUGAUAACCUACCCUUGUGUCGUCUUGAUGUUCCUUUGCACGGUCUUUGCAAUGAGCUUGUCGGUGUUCUGGUUGAACGUUGUAGCUGAACACAUUUUUGAAGAAUAUGCUGUCACAGAGUAAACAAAUAUUAUUUUCUACAUGGCCUGCUGAUUUUUGUACGGUGUUUUAUAGCCAAUUAUUUUGUCAUGAACAUAUACAUAUAAAUUAUUAUGCACUACUUUUCUAAGUAUUGUUUUUCAACAGUCAUUUAGGCACAUUUUUUUUCACAAAUGGGAAGAAAAUUACUCCUUUUGCAAUACCUCAUUUUUUCACUUGUUGGAAAUAGAUUUUGUACCUUUGUUACUAAGCAACCUGGAUAAAUGGUAAACAUAAUUUAAGGAAAACUGAGCAAAAGAUUGAUAUUAUUUUCAGUUUAGCUUUUUCUAUAUUUAAGUGCUGAAACUCUUAAAUUGUCACAUGCAUCUGAGUGACUCCCAUCUCUACUGUAGAUGAAUUUGUGACAGCGAUAUGCGCUAUGGGCUAUGGCAUGUCAAAGACUUAAUUUAAUAAGUAUAUGGUGACGUUUAGUAAUAUCUUUUCAGCACAUGGCUAUUCUUACUAUUUGAAAUGAUUAUGCCUCCCACAUAAUUGGCUAUUUUUUAUGUUAAGGUCCAAUGCCAAUUUGACUAAUGUUAGGAUGCACCUUGUAUCACUAUGAAUGUUAUGUGUAAGAAAAUAUUACUAUUUCAUAUAAAAUAUAUUCCUGGACACCAACUAGUUUACUUAAUUCUUAGUAUGCAUGACCUACAAUUAAGUAAGAUAAAGUUAAUAAGUUCUCAACAUGAAAUUGCCGUUAACCAGUUGUUCUCCUUUUAAAUUUCUGUUUGCCUCUUAAUUUAAUGUCAGCCCUCCCCAUGCACAGACAUUGCUGUGCGAUGACACCACCAACUUGUACUUGCAUUUAGGUGAAGUCCUAAACCCAGAGGAUCACCCAGAGUCACAAUAAAGUGUCUCUCCCAUCAAUAGGGGACUUGUAAGACUUGAAUGUGAUAAAUGUUGCAAGUUAGCUUCAGGUUAUGUGCAAUACAACUCUCCCCUUCCGGAAACAAAAAUCUUUUCAAUGGAAGAAUUUAGUGACAUUUGUAAUGAUAGACAUUUAAAAACGGUAACAUAUUUGUCAUUUUCUAUUGUCCUUACAUGGGUUUUUCAUGCUGGUAUUUGUAAAGUAAAAAAAGAAAAUCUAAUAUAAAUAAUGAAAGUUAUUUUUACAUUUGUUUUGUGCUUAUUCACUUAUUUUCCUACUUAAUUUCAUGCUACUGUGAUUGAAAACAUGUAAAUAUUAGGUCAACAAUGUAUCAAACAUGUAUUGGUAUAUUUUUAAUUGGAAUGUAAAACUUUUAUCAUUUUGAUCAGAUUUUUGUUAUAUUUCUAAGGUGAAGUGUUUAACUUGUUAAGAGUGACUAGUUUUUAUUAAUCACCAUAUUGUGCUCUGCAUUUUCAGAAGGAAAAGAAAACUAUUGAAAUAUGUGUUAAUGUUACUUAAUGGCAAAAUAGUUUAUAACUGUGUAUGGGAAGGUUGUAUUUAUUACUAGAUUUUUUUACUUAUAUCAUUUGAUUUUUUCCCCCUUUUGUUAAGUCAUUUCUAAGUUCUGGUUUUAUAUUUUCUUCCUAAUUAAAUUAUCUAGAAAGAAAAAUCAAUUCAAUUUUCUAGUCGGUCUAUUCAUGUGCUACUGUAGUAAAACUAAUGUCUUAUUUGCAGCCAACUAUUUAUAGCAGUAUGCAUAAUUUUGAAGUAUUUGUAAUGUGAAAUGUUGAAUGAAUAAAACUCAACUGCUAGAGAUGCUGCAAA